AUGAUAACUCACAAACUUUUUACCUUACUUGAAUAUUCAAUUUUAUCAUUUCCCAAUUUCAAUGCAGGCAAGCAACAUGUCACACCUAAAUGUGUAAGAGAUGUUGUACAUCAUAAACAACAAACCCGUAAACAGAAGUCACAUAUACAACGGAAUUUUGCACCUGAUAUAAAAUUGGAGAAGAAAAAGAAAGAAACUAGGAUUCGUGAAUGUGUAAUUGUUCGAUCGCAAACACAUUUUAUUAGUUAA